AUGAAUAUUCGACUCGAAGAAGUCGAUCCUGACAAUGUCGAAGGAAGAUGGAUUUUUGUUCAUCUGGCUGGAUCCGAUAAACAUAACCACCCACCUUCACAAGAUCCAAGCAUUCAUCCCGGUCAUCGUCGGCGUGACAUAUACCGUUUGAUACCCUCUGACCUGGCGACUGCUGAUGUCGUUGGUGCUCAAAACAGUGCUGGUGUAUCUCCCCAGGUCGUUAUCUCAACUAUCCGUCGUGCUGGUCCUACCAGCUCUAUCAUUGACAAAGACAUCUCCAAUAGAAUGGACGCAGAACGGCGGGCGGCGUUAAGAGGAGAUACGCCAACGGAGUUUCUGCUCAAGCAGCUCGAGACCAACGGGUUUUUCUACAAAGUGGACGUGAACCCCGACAAUUCGCGACUUAGGUCGAUGUUUUGGUCACACCCGGAUAUCCAAGACAUCUACGGCUGGAACUCCGAUGUCUUGAUUUUAGACUGCACGUACAAGACAAAUUCGUUCGACUUGCCUUUGCUCAACAUUAUCUCAAUGACUAACACGAAUAAUGUCUUGCCGAUUGCGCAGUGCUGGCGUCCAGGAGAGAAAGAAGAAAAUUUCGUUUGGGCCCUCAACAACUGCGCGAGAUGA